GCAACAUACAUUGGUAAAACAAUUCUGCCACUUGCGAUGCACAAAAAAAAAAAAAAAAAAAAAAUAUUUUUAUUUUAAUAUUUUAUUAUUUCUUUUUUCAUGCCACUGUAAUAUUUUAUGUUAGAACUUUUCCAAGUUGGUUCCCUAUCCCCGCGCGUUACUGUUUCGGGUUGACCCUUCUUUAGCCUUAGCCCAUUUGCGUUUCCCCUCGUUUAGCUGUUUUCCUACCGGCUUACCUUAGCCACAUUUACCAAUCGUGUAUCCCAAAAUGCCAAAAGUCGAGCUAACUGAGGAGGAAAAGCAGAACAUUCAAAACAAGGACCUCCUCUUUAAGAGGUUUGUUGAGCCCGGAAGGCUGUGCCUCAUCGAGUAUGGCCCCUAUGCGGGAAAGCUCUGCUUCGUUGUGGAUAUCGUGACGCUGACCCGAGUCAUCGUCGAUGGAGCCUUCAUCACAGGCGUGCCCCGAAUGGUCAUACCCCUGAAGAGGCUGAAACUGCUGAAGGAAAGAAUAAAAAUCAACAAAAAUUGCAAAACGGGAUUCCUCCACAAGACCAUAAAAAGCACCAACAUUCUAGGAGAGUUUAAAAAGUCAAACUUGGGAAAAAAAUUGACGAUUAAGAAGAAGAGAGAUUUGGCCACCGACUAUGAACGCUUCCAGAUAUAUCACGCCAAGAGGGAACUGAAAAAGAAGAUGAAUUUGCUGAAGAGCAAGAAGGACAGCAGCAAUAAGGGAGACAAGAAGAAGGCCAAGAAGGUUAAGAAGGCGUUGAAGAAGUAAGUACAAAGUAAAGAGAUAAGGUGGGUGGGCCAACCCCACCUAUGUCCUCUCUUAGGCGACGCCGCUUACUCCUCCCAUGU